GACUCCUACCUCAUCUACGGAAAUCAACAAAAGUAGUCGAGAGUAGACAGCCGUUAGGUGAUCACACACGGCGCGCGGGCUCCCUCUAGAGUUGUUUGGUUUCGUUUGGUCGGAGAAAAGUUCUUGGGCACACCACACUGGGUCCGUCGUCGUCAAUCCUUUCCUCUCGGUUUCCUCGGAUAUUCUUGGGAUUUUUUUUCUUUGUAUUUGGCGUUGGCUCCUUUCCCUUUUUGGCUGGGCCAGGUAGGAGCUGCGCUCCAGUUAGCCAUUGAAGGCGGAAAAAGUUCUGGAGGUUCUUAAGAGUAUUUCCGGAAUCCUCACAGAACGGAAAACAGAAACGCGUUCUCGCGUGAGCAACUCUAUUGAAGAGAUUGAUCAACAUUGAAUCAAAGUGUGAUCGAAGGUGGCUGUGCUUGAAGCAGAAGUACUUAACUGAAUUAUUUUGUGUGAAAGUAACUAGAAGGUAAAGGGUAGUGGAUUAUUGUGCAAUAUUCUAGAUCGUACUAAGAGCGAAACUUCAAAAUGACGUUUCGAUGUGAUAAUGGUGUUCAUCUUCAAGGUGCUGACGGGUGACAAUUGACCCGUUUAUUGAAACAAAGAGAGUUUUUGAGUUGGGAAAGUUAUUGAAAACAAAAAAAUCGAGUGAAAGAAGCAGCUUUGAGUGUGUUGCUGAAAAUACAAUUGAGUACAAAGAUUCGAAUUGAGGUGUUAUCAGAGAAGAUUUGUGGAAAAGCUGUUCGAUCUACGAACCAGUCGGAUCGCAGCAAUCAUCGAUCUUGAAGUAGAAUUGUUUGUGGGGAAUACAAAACUGUCCAAUCUGAACAAGGUUCGAAACUGCCAACUUGAAAUUUAGAACUCGAUCCGGAAGAGGUUCCCCACGGUCCAAACAACAACAGCAACAACUGCCGUCCAUCGUCAACGCAACAGAAAAACAGAAACAGAAUAAUCUGACAAGCUGGCAACACUGCAAACACAUCUCGAAAAAAAAAACAUUCCCAAACACCCGGUAACCUCUCCCGGUGAAAUUGACUUGAAUCCUACGCGAAACGUAAACAUUCCCUCGGACAACGUUCCAUAGAAAAAUACCAUUUUCUUCCAACUUAAAAAAAAACCCUUCAGUCAGUGUUGCCAACUCGUCGGUUUCUUCAUCACAUAACCCGAGGCAAAAAAGUCAGCAAACAAUUUUGAUUGCUGAAAACGCUGGAUAAAGUGUAACAAUACCGAAACCAAUCUUCGGUUCUCUUCAGAACCGAUUUAUUUCUUCUACUUUUUUUGGAGGCAGUACGCAAAACGCGACCGGAUAAAUGCUUGGAGUUAGGAUGCUGAUGUUGCAUUACAGCAAACACGGCGAGUGCAUACUCCAGGAAAUCGGGGCCGCCUUUCGGGGGGAGCAUGCCACAGACCUGCUGCUGAUCUGCGAUGGCAAGGAGACGGUUCGGGCCCACAAGUUGGUCCUGGCCGCGGCAAGUCCACUUAUCAGAAUGAUCCUGGAGGAGACGCCGGUGCUGGAGGGGAUCACGACGGUACACUUCCCGGAUGUGCAGGUCGCUUACUUCCGGUUGCUGUUGGAUUUUCUCUACUCGGGGCAGGUUUAUGUGCGUUCGGUGGAGGAGUAUCAUCAUCUGCAGGAUCUGUUGGCGCUGCUUCAGAUUAAGGCCAGCAUAUGGAAAAACAGCGAACAGGAUGCGGUUCAGGACGGGGGGAAACGCUCUCCUUCGUUGCCUUCGCCGGAGAUGUGCCUGCAUCCUCCUCCGAAAGGCAGCAGAAGACGACGAAAAGAAAAACGCCAAACCCAAAGAGAUGUCACGCUUUUUGCGCUGCGCCCUUCUUCGUUCGGUUUCUUCUGCUCUGCGCCCUCUUGGAUCAAACUCGAUCGAGUGGAGCACGACGACCACGGAGACGGUUGCAAAACUUCGCCGUCGCCUCCUUCGAUCUUAACCACCGUCAACAUUUUUUUUUCCACUUCGCCACUUCUCUCAACCCGACUGAGCAUUUCGCUCUUUCGCCAUCAUCGUUGGCGAAGGCGAAACGAAAACACACGACAGACCCAACGAAACGAGUCAGAGUCAGAGCAAGUGGUUGUUGGUUUUUCGCUCUCGUUUUACUACUUUCUCGAGGGCGCGCACUUUUCGCCGGUCGAUCGUCUUUCUCCAAUUUCACUCAUACACACUCACGCUGGAUCCCCCUUUACGAUAAAAGCGAAGUACGGUCAAAAACUUUAA